UAUAAAUAAAGUAUUUUUAUUCUUAUCAAGUGUAAUUAUUCCUACAAAGCAUUUAUUUAUAUGCUAAUAUUUUAACAAUGGAACAAGAUGGCAAAACAUACAUACCUUUAAAUAAGAGUUUCCUAAAGAAUAAUAUUAGUAGUAACGAAGGCUCUUGUUUAAAUGUAGUAACACCAUAUUCAUCUGUGUCUCGAAUCAACGAAUGUUUUACAAAACUUAGCAUAAAUUCCAACAUUACAAAACAGAAGCUUGAAAUAAGUGGAAAUGACAAGUAUCUUGCAGGAACAAUUCAAAGUAUUAUCACUAGCAUGGGUCUUGUUUUUAUCCAACCAUCAAUGUCUAAUCUUUUAUAUUUGGAUACUCCAUUAUUUGUAUAUAAUCCAAAUUCUCAGAAUCAAAGUUUUACAAAUUAUGUUUAUUUAGGCAAAAUUGAUGAUAUCUUUGGUUCUGUGAAAGAACCAAUGUAUAGUGUAUAUUCCUUAUUAGAAGAAAUUAGUAUAUUAAAUGUUGGAGAUCAAGUAUAUUUUCUUCUCAAUGAUCCAAAUACAAAAUUUAUGUCCGUUGAACAUAAAUUGAACAACACUUUCAAUAUAAUAAAGCACAAAUGUAAUGAGUAA